AAGUGUUUGUCAUUUCAAUUCAUGUUCGAUGCCGCUUGUCAUUCAGUAAAACACAGAUUUAAGGGUGAACAAUUACCGUCAAUAAAUUUAAAGGAAUAAAAUAAAAUGGCUUUCAUGGGGGAUAUGAUGAACCCAGCGCCCCUAUGGCACAACGGUCCAUCUCCAGGAGCGUUCUAUAACUUCCCAGGCAACUCCUCAUCUUUUGGACAUACAAACCACACAGCUCAAGAUUUCAAAGCUCACUCUGCAAAUCCGAUCACAACUACAACGACAGUGAUUGGUCUGAAGUUUGAUAAAGGCUGUGUAAUUGCUGGAGACACACUCGGCUCAUAUGGUUCACUGGCUCGAUUCCGUGACUGUCCACGUGUGUUGAAGGUGAAUGAUCUAACAUUACUCGGAUCUGGCGGUGAUUAUGCGGAUUACCAGUAUUUGAAAGAUAUAAUUGAACAGAAAAUUAUCGAUGAGCAAUGUAUCGGAGAUGGUUUACAUUUGAAGCCCCGUUCUCUUCACUGUUGGUUGACACGAGUUCUCUACAACAAGCGCAGCAAGAUGGAUCCCCUGUGGAACAAUUACAUUGUUGCUGGAAUCCAGGAUGGAGAGCCUUUCUUAGGUACAGUUGAUAAGCUCGGUACGGCUUACGAAGAUGCAACAAUUGCCACUGGGCUCGGAGCUUACAUGGCAACACCGCUACUCCGGAAUGCAUUGGACAAGGGACCUCUAGAUGAAGAGUCUGCAAAGGCUCUAGUCCGCAAAUGCAUGGAGGUUUUGUUCUACCGUGACGCCCGUUCCUUCCCGCGCUAUCAGCUCGGAGUUGUCACAGCUGCCGGAGUAACGGUCGAGGAACCUGUCGAACUGAAACACGACUGGUCUCUCGCUCACAUGAUACAUAUGAAGUGAUUUUUAUAAUUAAAUAAAUCUUGCAAAUAUUAAAAAAAAAAA